UCUCACCGAGCUAGUCAACUUUAGCAACAGUAGGAAGUCGGUAAAAUAUCAGAAUUGCCGUGCUUAUUUUAAGGCACGAUUUUUCAUUGUAAUCCUCGCGCUUAAGAGACCGCCUAGGAUCAUACUAUAGAAGGACAGGGAUGUUGGUGACUUGUAAACUUUUGAGUGCACCUUUUCUCAAUUUACGAUCUAUGCUCGCGCUCACAGUCAGCUGAUGCCGGAGGGGCGUGGUCGACGACACUUGCUAGCUCUGCUGUCGCAUCAGUCGAGUGUGUGUGUAGGUCAGCGGCGCUCGCAGCUGACUGACUGUGCUCUGCAGGUAGAACUCAAGUCAAAGGAGUAAAAUAAACGUGUUUUUCUCAUCCCUGGAUAUUUAAGUCGGUUUGUUGAAAUCUGUCACGGUCUGUUCUCAAAAAGCGGAGCUGAAAUGCGAACGUAGCCGUUAGCAAGCGAGCGAAGCCAGGCCGAGGGCAGCCGUGCGGCGGACCCGCCUCCUUCACCCGGACAGGGGCUUCAAUGUUCGACACAGACGCGUUGACCGAGUUGGUUGUCGACGCCGGACAGGAUGCGCAAGGACGUGAGGAUAUUGUUGGUGGGGGAGCCCAAGGUGGGGAAGACGUCUCUCAUCAUGUCCCUGGUCAGUGAGGAGUUCCCCAACGUGGUGCCCUACCGAGCUGAGGAAAUCACCAUUCCUGCAGAUGUCACACCAGAGAGAGUUCCCACCCACAUUGUGGACUAUUCAGAGGCAGAGCAGACAGACGAGCAGCUGUUUCAGGAGAUCUCCAAGGCAAAUGUGAUUUGCAUCGUCUACUCUGUCAACAACAAGAAGUCCAUAGAAAAGGUGACCAGCCACUGGAUCCCUCUCAUUACUGAGAACACGGACAAGGACAGCAGGGUUCCUCUGAUCCUGGUGGGGAACAAGUCAGAUCUGGUGGAACACAGCAGCAUGGAGACCAUACUACCCAUAAUGAACCAGCACAGCGAGAUCGAGACCUGCGUUGAGUGUUCGGCAAAAAACCUGAAGAACAUUUCAGAGCUGUUCUACUACGCCCAGAAAGCAGUUCUUCACCCCACCGGUCCCCUCUACUGUCCAGAGAAAAAAGAUAUGAAGCUGCUUUGUGUCAAAGCUCUCACUCGAAUCUUCAAAGUGUCGGACCUCGACAAUGAUGGGAUUCUCAAUGAUAAUGAGCUCAACUUCUUCCAGAGGACGUGCUUCAACACCCCACUAGAGCCUCAGGCGUUGGAGGAUGUGAAAAACGUGGUGAGGAAGAAUUUAAGUGAUGGAGUGUGUGAUAACGGUCUCUCUCUGAAAGGGUUCCUGUUCCUCCACACCCUGUUCAUUCAGCGAGGUCGUCAUGAGACAACCUGGACAGUGCUGAGGAGGUUCGGAUAUGACGAUGACCUGGAGUUAAACCAGGACUACCUCUUUCCACUAUUGAAGGUUCCCUCAGACUGCACCACAGAGCUCAACCACAAUGCCUACCUCUUCCUCCAGAGCGUCUUUGACAAACAUGACAAGGACCGUGACUGUGCCUUGUCACCAGAAGAGCUGAGAGAUCUGUUCGAUGUUUUUCCCUACAUGCCCUGGGGUCCCGAUGUCAGUAACACAGUUUGCACUAAUGACAGUGGCUGGAUCACCUACCAGGGGUAUCUUUCCCAGUGGACGCUGACCACAUAUCUGGACGUCCAACGGUGCCUGGAGUAUUUGGGCUAUCUUGGUUACUCGAUAAUUGCUGAGCAGGAGUCCCACGCAUCAGGAAUUACAGUGACCAGAGAUAAGAAGAUUGACCUGCAGAAGAAACAGACCCAGCGCAGUGUCUUCCACUGUAACGUCUUUGGAGACGUUGGCAGCGGCAAGAGCGGCUUCCUCCAAGCUUUCCUGGGUAGAAACCUUAUGCCGGCCAACCGAAAGACACUCAAAAAACGCCAAAAAACGAUCCGAGAGGAACACAGAUCCUACUAUGCCAUCAGCACGACAUAUGUUUACGGCCAGGAGAAAUACCUUCUUCUUCACGAAGUGUUCCCUGACUUUGACUAUCUGUCUGAUGCUGAUAUGGCCUGUGACAUUGUCUGUCUGGUCUAUGACGUCAGCAACCCUUACUCCUUCGAAUACUGCGCCAAAGUCUUCAAGCAAUACUUCAUGGACAGCAAGACUCCAUGUAUGAUGAUAGCAGCCAAGUCUGACCUGCCUGAGAUCAAACAGGUGUACGGCUGCAGUCCUCUGGAUUUCUGUCGGAUGCACAAGAUGCCACCUCCCCAGUCCUUCACCUGCAGCACAGCAGCGGCACCCAGCAGAGACAUCUACACCAAGCUUACCACUAUGGCAAUGCACCCCCACGCCCGGCUACGCUGCAUGUGCACCUGUAACCGGUGCACCUUCUGCUUGUGUCAGAACUUCCUCAACUCUGAGCUGCUGCAGACGGUCAGGGCCAAACUCUACGCUGUCGUACUUCGAAGACAUAUAAGCCAAGCAGACCCGAAGAGCUCGACCUUCUGGCUCCGAGCGAGCGUUGGGGCCACGGUGUUUGCGUUGCUGGGCUUGACCAUGUACAGAGUGCUGCUCAAACCGCGGUGAUCCUCGGGUCCAACCCUCUUGUACAUAUAAAGCUAUUUUGACCAGUCACAACAUUAGGUUUUCCCAUUUGUAUUUAUUGAAAAUCUGUCAUGGUUUCAUAGUUAAUUAAAAAAUAUAUAUUUUGGUUUUGUUGGAAGAAAGUUUGUGCAAAAUUACCCUUAGCAAAUAUACUUUUUUUGCAUUUUCAUUCCACUGUUAUUUUGUCUUCUUGGAGAGAAUUGAGAAAAAUAUUUAAUUUUGUACAAAUAUUGCUCAUUUGCUUAAUUUAUCCGUCUUAAAGUAUUUGCAAAGUAAAGUAAUAAUUUAUAUUUAUAUAAAAGCUGCUGGUGAGCCAUAGUGAGAUACAUAUAUAGCUAUUUUUUGGUUGCUUGCUGAUUGAAACGCUGAACAACUUGGGGUCCCUUGUAAUGGGGUUUACGGUGUGAGAGGUUUGCAAUAGAGCUGGUGCUUUUAUUAGACUGAACAAUAUGUAAAUUAUGUAUAUAACAUAAUAUAUUGUUACAUAUUUGGACAUUUGUUUGUCCAAAAGGGGCCAUGUGUGACUCGCACCAAUAGCCAGGUCAUGAACUUGCACAAACAUAAGCAUUGGUUUGUGUGUCAUGGCCGACACGCUUGGAUGCCCUUUUUUAAAAAAAAAGUUUGUACAUCUGAACAGGUCAGCGCGUCAUUAGUGGAUGUUAGUGUGAAGAAUGAUGGCUCUCUCUCAUUUUACAUUUUGCGGUUGCAUGCUUCAGAAUUUCCUACCACAUUGAAGACUUCCUUUACAAAAAAAGUGGCCAUGCCAACUUCUCUCCUUUGCCUGCCGGCUUCGAAUAAUCCAAGGUCGUAUUUAGGUUAAUUGCUGAACUGAGGAUGGCUGAGUCUUUAUUCAUAUUGCUGUGUGACAGUCAUUUGAUCCUUGUUGGGAUUCUCGGUCCGCUCCCCUCGUCACAGAAGAUGCAGUAAUGUUGCCCCAGAUGUUAAUUUCCAUCAGGCUUCAACUGCUUGCCACAAGGUUCAAUUUGAUGUAUGUACUAAGCCCUGCCUUUCCAAAAGUUUACAAUAAACAGAUGUCUACUACA